ACACACACACACAAACAAGCGCGCGCACACAGAGUCGCGGCCUCUCCCUGAGUUUGUUUCCGUGUUUCUCCAGCCUUUAUCGGCUAAAACAGGCCAACGAGCCGCCGCCGAGAACCGGACUGAUCCCGGGAUCUUCGCUGCCGCCGCGCUCGGUCUCUUAACCGGGCAGAAACGCGGUUCGUGUAACGACUGGUUCUGUUCGCGGGGGAGAGCUGCUGUCGGGAGGACUGGGGUUUUCAAAACGGUUUAAAGCGAAUAUCCGCGGGACACAAGCCACAGGACGCUCGCUAACUAACAGACAUCCUCUCGGUCGGUGUUCGGCAGCGGCCAUGGCAGGAGGACGGUCGUCUCUCGGUCUGCUCGUCCUGGUCUGUGUCCACCUCCCCCGCUGCGGCUGCUUCAACCUGGAUGUGGACAAACCCUCCGUGUACUCCGGACCGGAGGGAAGUUACUUCGGCUUCUCGGUGGAUUUCUUCAAGCCCCCGAACAACCAGAAGUCCGACGUUCUGAUAGGAGCUCCGCGGGCCAACACUUCGGCCUCCAGCAGUGUUGUGGAGAGGGGAGCGGUGUACAGCUGCCCCUGGAGGAGCUCCUCAGCCUGCCAGCAGCUGCAAUUUGACGACUCAGAUGACAGGAAGAAUACAGAAGGAGCUCAGAUGGAGUUUAAAUCCAAGCAGUGGUUUGGAGCCUCAGUACGAUCUAAUGGAGAGCACAUCCUGGCCUGUGCUCCUCUGUACCAGUGGUCGACCUUUGGCGUCUCUGAGCGGGAGCCGGUGGGGACGUGUUACCUGAAGAAAGGAGGCACAGUGGUCGAGUACUCGCCCUGCAGAUCACGUGCCAGUUCACCGGAAGGACAGGGCUUCUGCCAGGCCGGCUUCAGCGCUGACUUCCUUAAGAAGAACAACAAAGUGGUGGUGGGAGGACCUGGCAGCUUCUACUGGCAGGGUCAGCUGAUUUCUGAUGACGUCGCUGAGAUUUUUUCCCGAUUUAACCAAAACUACAUCACCCCAUACGGAAACACCCUCGCCACCAAGUCGGCCGGCGCCCAGUACGACGACAGUUACCUCGGAUACUCUGUGACAGUUGGAGACUUCAACGAUGAUGGAAAGGAAGAUUACGUGACUGGAGUACCUCGGGGGAACAGUGCAAAGGGUUAUGUGAACAUCUUCAACGGCCUCAACAUGGAGUCCAUGGUCAACUUCACGGGAUCGCAGAUGGCUGCCUACUUUGGACAUUCAGUGGCCGCCAGCGAUGUUAAUAAAGAUGGUCUGGUGGAUCUGUUGGUGGGAGCUCCUCUCUUCAUGGACCGGGGCUCAGAUGGAAAACUCAGGGAGGUGGGACAGGUUUCUGUGUACCUGGGUCGAGGUGGAUUUUCCUUCCACCCACCUCAGAUGCUGACAGGGUCAGAGGUCUACGCCAGAUACGGCUCUGCCAUUGCAGCACUGGGAGACCUGAACAUGGAUGGGUACAACGAUGUGGCCAUCUCUGCUCCCUACGGAGGCCCCGACCGCAACGGCUUGGUCUACAUCCAUAAUGGCCGCCCCCAGGGGCCCGACCCCUCACCUUCCCAGGUCCUGCAGGGCAAAUGGGCGUCCAGCUACAUGCCUGCUAGCUUUGGAUACUCCAUGACUGGAAACACUGACAUAGACCAGAAUGGAUAUCCAGAUUUAAUAGUGGGAGUUUUCGGAGCAGACAAAGCAGUUUUAUACAGAGCCCGUCCAGUGAUCAUUGUGAAUGCCACGUUAGACAUGACACCUCAGAUCAUCAACCCAGAGGAGAAGACCUGCACGGUUCCUGGAAGCAGCACACGUGUGUCCUGCUUUAAGGUGAAGUACUGUCUGAAGGCUAGCGGCCGCGGCGCUCCUGCUACUCUCAACUUUCGCGUGGACCUCGUGUUGGACCGUCUGAAGCAGAAAGAGGCGACGAAACGAGUCCUCUUCCUGCACAGUCAGACCUUUCAGUACUCCAAAAACAUGACGGUGUCCAACGGCCAAGGCCUAGCCUGCGAGGAGCAGGACGUCUUCCUGAGGGACGACCGUGACUUUCGGGAUAAGAUCACUCCCAUCUCCGUGGCGAUGGAGUACACUCUGGACUACCAGCAGGCUGCAGACCAAACCGGACUGCUGCCCAUCCUCGAUAUGUCGGCCCCGUCCAACGUCACCAAGCAGGCUCACAUCCUGCUGGACUGUGGAGACGACAACAUCUGUAAACCCGACCUGAAGUUGUCAGUGAAGAGUGACCGUGAUCAGAUCUACAUCGGCGACGAUAACGCUCUGACCCUGGAGAUCAGUGCUGAGAAUCAGGGAGAGGGCGCCUACGAGGCCGAACUCCACGUCUACCCUCCACAGCAGGCCGACUUCACCGAGGUCGUCCGCAGUCAGACCCUCUCCAGGCUGUCCUGUGCUUACAAGAAGGAAAACCAGACUAAGAUGGUGGUGUGUGACCUGGGAAACCCCAUGAAGGGAGGAACCAAGGUGCUGGCAGAAUUGAGGUUCAGCGUGCACCAGCUGUCGGAGGAGGACACGUCUGUCAAGUUUGACCUGCAGAUAGUCAGCUCUAACCAGUUCAACAACACCAGUCCUCGAGUCUCCAGCAUCACCAAGCUGGCUGUCCUCGCUAAAGUGUCGAUCAGAGGGUCGUCGUCUCCUGGCCAGGUGCUGCUUCCCAUCGCCAACUGGAAACCCAAAGAGCCUCCUGUGGUCGGAGAUGACAUCGGGCCUCAGAUAGUACAUGUGUACGAGCUCCUGAACAGCGGGCCCAGCACGAUCAGUAAAGCCGCUGUGGAGGUGGAAUGGCCGUACCACUUCAGGAACGGCUCUCUGCUCUACAUCACGAGCUACGAGACGGAGGGACCCAUCAACUGCACCACCGACAUGGAGAUCAACCCGCUCAAUGUGUCGAACCCAUUGACCUCGCAGAAGAACACCAGUGUUGUCCCACCCAGAGAGCGAGAGACUGAGGGACGAAACAGAAACCACGUUCGCAAGAGAGACCUGGAGUCAAGAGACGUGCUGAGCGACCUGCAAACACUGGACUGCACCACAGCAGAGUGCCUGCGGCUGAAGUGUCAGAUCGGUCGUCUGGAGAGGGGGAAGAACGCCAUCCUCUUCAUCUUCUCCAGACUGGCUGUGAACAACUUCCUCAGGACUGAGAAUCAGAAUCGUUCGUACGUGGUUCGAUCUACAGCCUCUUUCAACGUCAUCGAGAUGCCGUACAAGAACCUGGUGUCGGAUCUACCGUCCAAUAGUACCACAGUGAGCGUGUCGGUGAUGUGGGUGGCCGACGCCCCUCAGCCGGUGCCAGGCUGGGUGGUGGCUCUGGCCAUACUGGCAGGACUGCUGCUGCUGGCGCUGCUCAUCUUCAUCAUGUACAAGUUGGGUUUCUUCAAGAGAGUCCGCCCUCCACAGGAGGACUGCACUGAGAAGGAGCAGCUGCAGCCGGAGGAGAACGGCAACACCGACGCCUAGAGGUCAGACUCUGAGGAACGCCCCCCACCCCCCGUUAGUGCUGACAGAAGGUUCAGGAGAGGGAAAAAUCAGGGUACAUGGCCGUUUGGAGAAUUUCACUGUAUUAACUGUUGCGUGGCGGAUAAUGGUACUGGUUUAAGUUGUGAUACGGUUUCUGUUUUUUUUUUUGUCUAGUCAUGUUGAGUUUGUGCCAAAUGAGAAGCUCCACCUGUUUUACACUGGUCACAGAUGAACUCCUCGUAGCUCGAGUUUUAAGAGUUUAAAGAAAUGUUUAAGAUUAAUGCCACUCUGGUGUCUGUCAGUUAAAUAUGACACUAUAACGUAAAGUUAGCAUUAACAGUCUGGUUCCGUCUGAAGCUCACCGAUUAGCGUGUUGCACCUCGUCCGUUUAAUCUGGACGAGACCAAAGCGUAAAAAACUAAAUCAUGCAGGUCAAAACCUCCGGUAAAACGCUGUUUCAUUUACAAACGGACAAGAUGCAGCGUGUAAAUCUCUGAGUUUUGGAGGCUCUGAUUGGUGGAACUGUUCUCUCGGGGAGAAUAAUCCUGAAUAAUGCCUGAAACUCUGAUCGCUGGGCCCACAGUGUGAGCUAACCUGAUAUUUACUUUGCACUUUCUUUUGUCCAAACUCAAAAUGAUUCAUGAGCUCUCGGCGCUUGAGGCCCUGAAAGUGCAGAACUGCUGAUGGAACCUCUCUGCUUUAUAAAAGACAGCGAGGAAGGUUUUUUUUUUGAAGACUCGGAGUCAGAUGGACUUCUGAGAUCGGCGUGGUGCUCCGCUGCCUCGACGGAGUCUCUGUUAGCUUCCAUGAGCUGCUCGCUAGUCUUCACAGGGUCCGUGGAAAAAUAAAAGCGAACAGCAAUUUAAAAAUCAUACAGUAUCAUCUGCACAAAAAAAUCACCAUCAUCAGCAAAUAAGUGGAACUUUUCAUGGAAACAAAAAUAAUGUGAAGCUAACAUAAGCUUCACAGGUGCUGCUUCCCAUCGAAGCUAAGUGGCACCGAGGGUGAAAAAUGGCUAAAUAGACGCGAGGUGAUGAACCUGAGGAUGAUUCAUUCUUCAAACCAGUGAUGACGAGUGAUAAUUAUUGGUCCAGUCAUUUCAACACGAUCCGGAGACCGUUUGGCAAAGUUUCGUUUUUCUUCAGGAAAUGACGCUUUACGCGAACUGAUGCGUUUCGAAUUUGCCCUCGUGGAAUUGGCCAUUUGCUGAGCCCUGCACCUGAACUGCACCGGUGUGAUCAGGAGCUGAAACAGUCAAAAAAAAACCCAAUCAGUGUCAAGCAAAAUCAGUGAAUCUGUGCCAAAUAUUCUGAUUCCAGCCUCAGUGAGAGGACUUCCUGCUUUUCUUUGUCAUACGAAACUUAUAUUUUCAUAUAAACUAAAUCAUUUUGGGUGUUUGAAUAUUUAGGUAAACAAAACAAAACAUCUGAGGACGUAACGUUCAGCUCAGCGAGUUUGUGAUGGGAGGACGUUUGUUCAUUUUCAGCUUUCAUCUGCAGAAAACCGCUACGAGCCGCAUCCUGUACGAAACGAGAAAAGACUGGCAGCCAUAGCAACAGUAACUAGGGUCUGUGGGGUUUAACAGACGGUCAGUAGUAACACGUCUAACUUUCCCGCCAUGCGCUGUGCGAGGACUCGUGACGAUGUUUUUCAGAGAUGAAAUGCGACGCAGUGUGAGAGCAGGUUGCUGUUUCACAUCUGAGUGUGAGUUUGUGUGUGAAAAUAUUAAAAAAGGAAAAAAAAAACGGCUUCGCUAUGAAUUUACCCAUAUUGGGUUUGCAUUUAUGAACUAACGCCUAAGGUUGAUGAUCGUUUGUGAAAAUAUAUUAAUGUCAAUCACUUUGACAUGGCUCCACAGAUAUCACAGCAGCCAUCUUUGAUUUCCACAGCACUCCCGACUCUAAGCCGCGAUAUCAGCGUUCACUUUUCCAAGCUCAGUUGGAUUUUGUGUCUCUGCGGGUGAGAGACUUUCUGUCCUCGACCUCAGAACCUCAGGACGUGCACAUUUAACAGCCUUAACUAAAAUGCUGUUUUUUUUCUGCUGUGGUGUUAGAGUGGAAACGAUUGAUCAGUUAAUCAAUAAAUCAAUCCACGGAAAAAAGUAAUUGGCAACUGUUUUGAUAAUCAGUUAAUUGUCUUAAGUAAUUUUUCAAGCAAGAAUAGCGAAUAAGUGCCAAACGUUCACUUCAGCUUUUCAGAGGAUUCACUGGUUUUCUUCUGGUUGAACAAAAGAAAACCAGUCACCUGAAGAGUCGUGAUGGGAAUCUCUGGUGAAUUCUCUGGUGAAUUCUCUCGUGAAAAGUGCAGAACCUUGUUGGUUGUUUAGGGAAUGAAUGGAGAAAAUACAUUUUCAGGGUCUUUAAGUUGAGUCCGUUUACUAAAAGGUAAUAAAUGAGAGAUGGUUUCAGCAUGAGCACUGAUCUUAGGUCAGUAGUAUCUGUGCAUCACUGAUCUGAUGAGGUUGAUAUUUGGCUUUACUGCACUGUUAAUAAUAAUCUAAAGGUUUUUCUUAGGACCUCGUGUUUAAAUUAGACAUUAGUAAUAAUACAUUUCUGUUGUAGGACUGAAGUUACACGCUGAACUUGAGUGGAAGUGUUUCCGAGUUCCCACAGGUGUUUACUGGUGGUGGUGGGUGGCAGGGUGUGCGACUGAUGGACCAGGUGUCUGUAGCUGCAAUUUACCCAUGUUCCCUAAACGCCUCAAAGGCAGGCUGCUCUGGUUACUGCGGCACACACGAGUGAAAUUAGGUGUUCUGAUGUGAGGCGGAGCUACGUUAGGCCGCCGGCGUGGAGCCUGUGUGGGAAACGCUGGGAUUAUAAAGGUUUACAAAACCUUACAAACAACCUGAGUCCUGCAGCUGUCCAUCUGUCCAUCUGUCCGAGGGGUUUGACCUGUGUUUUAUAUAUAACACCACUGUCUGUCUUUCUUUCUGCUAUGAGAAAAUAUUGACUGUUUUUGAUGUAUGUAUUCUUUCACCUAGAGAAUAAGAAAUAACUGAUUUCACCUUCAAACUGAAAUAAAAUGAACUGUUCACACUUUA